AUGGCAUCCACCAUCGACAAGUCAAAACCAUAUUUCCCCCUCGCGGGUGGUGCCGACGAUGGCUGGUCCACCGAGGAUGAAGCGACAGCUACAUGCUUUUGUGGAGCAGUGCAAUUAUCAUUCCCAACCCAUGGACCUGGCUUCGUCGGUUCCUUCAUUUGUAAUUGCUCUGAUUGUCACAAGCUCACAGCAUCCAUGCACGCCACGAACUUCACAGUCUAUGACACGCACCUGAAACAUCUUCGUGGGCAGGAGAACUUGAAGACAUACAGCCAAUCGCGUACUGUGUUCUUCAAGACACCGGGCAAAGAUAACAGCAUGACUAACUACUUCUGUUCGACCUGCGGCUCCCUUAUGUAUCGAGUCGGAGCAGCGUUCCCGGGAAUGAGUAUUCUGCGUGUUGGAAGUGUGGAUGAUUUCUCGCUACACGAGACGAAACUGAGACCCACAAUGGAGCAGUUUACCAAGGAUCGCGUUGCCUGGAAGGCUCCUACGGAAGGGACGACCCAAUUUGUGGAAGAUGGCCUGCAUGUAUAG